AAUAAAUAAACAGAUUAUCAUUGGCUGCUGCAAAAUAAAUAUUGCUUACGUGCCAAGGAAUAUCUCUGCUAAAAUCGACUUUAUUACAAGGAAAGAUGCAUAACAAAAAGAAAUCAACAUAGUAAAGUGUCCUAAAAAAAUCCAUUUAUAAAAAACGUAUUUUUAUUUGAUAGCCAUCACUUUAGGAGGUUCUAGGUUCUGUUCUAUCCAAACAUUGGGUCCACAGAGUUUGCGCUUUUGCUCUGCCCUUUUUCAAACGCAUAUUUCUCCAAAUCUGCGAAUCCAAUUUGAUUUGACUGCUGUUUUUUCUCCUUCUUCUUCUUCUCCUUCUUGAAUUUAUUGCUGUUUUCUGAUCAUUUCAAUUUGAUCAGAAAAAAAGUGGCUUAGGUUUCCCCAAUUUUCUGGAGAAGAUCUUUUUCUCUGAGGUGAGUGUUUUUGUUUUUGCCCUUUUUUGGGUAAGGGGGGGGGGGGGGGGGGGGGAGGAGGAAAGAAUCAUUUUUGGUGGAGAAUUUUACUUUUUUGAGAAGUGGGUUUUAUUUUGUUUGUAGGAUAUUUGUGGUUAAUUUAGGGAGUGUGGCUAGGUUUUGAGGUAGAUAUUUAUCGAGCUUAUAUUGAUUCCUUUUAACUGCAGUUUCUUGAAAAUUGGCUCAUUUUAUUGAAGAAAAAGAUUUGAUCUUGGCAUCUGGGAGAUGGGAUUUGAGGUGAUUUGUGCUGGAUUUCUUGUUGUGUGUUCAGAAUCUAGUGGGAGAAAGGGUAUAUAGAGAGAUAGAGAAAGGAUGAAGAGAGGGAAAGAUGAAGCGAAGAUCACAGGGCCUAUGUUUCCAAGGCUCCAUGUGAAUGAUACUGAGAAAGGAGGGCCAAGAGCUCCUCCUAGAAAUAAGAUGGCUCUUUAUGAGCAGCUCAGCAUUCCUUCUCAGAGAUUCAGCCAUUCUGUUCCACCCCAAAAUUCGAAUUCGGAGCACGAGUUGGAGCAGGAUUCGCAGGGGGUUGCAAAUGAAAGGAGUACAUUUUUCUCAUAUCAGCUGCCUACCAGACAUCCAUCGGAGAAGCUAUACAGCCAGUUCUCUGAUUUUGUUACUCCAUUGACGCAAGAGGGUCAGAAAAAGAAAUCAGAUGAAGAAGACUUCAGGGUUCCCAUUUUCAACCACUCUGUCCAAAGUCGAGAAUGUGGUAAGAAUGGUAACGACGUGGAGCAGGAGAAGGUCCCUCUUUCCAACCCUUCUGAUGCGGAGUGCCCAUCGAAAUUCCAUAAAUACAGAAAGCAAGUAGGUAAAAGCCAAACGGAAGAGAAUUCGAAAGAGACUGCUACUGACCGAGUAUCAAAUUCAUCUAGCAUAGCAAGGGCCGAAGGUCUGAAGAAGAAAACCGAUACGUCUGUGAGCCGUGAACCAAGAGAUACUCCUGCUAAUACUAGCGUUGAGCCAGAUGUCCAUGCUGAUUCGGAGCAUGCUCGAAACCGGCGUGCCACCUCUGCAUUGGCGGAGAGUUCUGCAGCAUUAGAUGAAACAAUUUCCCAUCCUUCAAGGGAUCAGAGAAAUUCUCGUGAUAUGGAAAAUGAGGCAAGACCUCUAGAAAGAUCGUUUAGAUCAGUGCCGAUGAGGAACUUGGAGAGGGCUGACAGUGUGUCCGAGAUUUCUGUCAUGGAUUCCAUCGCCACAGUGGAUAUGACACCCGAUGAUGUGGUAGGAGUGAUAGGUCAGAAACAUUUCUGGAAAGCCCGAAAAGCCAUUCUUAACCAGCAAAGAGUUUUUUCUGUUCAGGUUUUUGAGUUGCAUCGACUAGUAAAGGUUCAGAAAUCCAUCGCUGAAUCGCCACAGCUUUUGCUCGAUCACUCGGAUUUCAUCGAAAAACCUACGAUGAAGGUCUUCACGGGGGCGAAAAUUGCGUUGCCUGGUCCUGUGAAAGCAAUUCCCAACGUUUCGAAGCAGAUAAGUGAACCCCCCGAGAAGCCGUGUCUGAACAAGGAAACCUCUGCGGAGAACACGACUGGGAGAGCCUCGUUUUCUUCCAUUCAGAACGAUGUGCCCCCGCCGAGCUGCCGACCGGCAACGGGAAACUCUCCGGCCCCGUCUCUAAACAGCAAUCCAAAUGCGGUGCCGUGGUGCUUCAACCAACCUCCAGGGCACCAGUGGCUGAUCCCUGUGAUGACUCCUUCGGAGGGAUUAGUAUACAAGCCGUAUCCCGGGCCGUAUCCUGGGCCGGGAUUCGUCGGCCCGACUUGCGGCGGUGGCGGGCCGCCGGGACCGAACCCGGCGAUGGGCAGCUUCAUGACUCCACCAUAUGGGAUGGCAGCUCCGCAUCCACAUCCUCACUAUCAGCCGCCGCCGUUCCCUCCGUCUGGGCCGUCCGGCUACUUCCCGACGUACGGCAUGCUGCCCAUCAUGAACGCGGCCGCGAUGUCGAAUUCAUCCGUCGAGCAAAUGAACCCCCGACCCAUCCCGAGCCAAGCUUCAGCCGGCGAAGCCAGCGUUGGAGUCCAGCAUCAGAACGUGUCUUCGACGCCUCCACGCCACAAGAAACGGGCUUUUACGGACGGGACGACAAGCAGCUUGCACGUGUCUAGGGAUGCUGAACCCGUACGGGCUUUUACAGACGGGACGAGCAGCCCCGUCGAGAGAUUGCAGGAUAGCAGAGGGAGCAACGACGCGGAACGAGCAAACGAGCUGCCACUUUUCCCCACGGCUCCAUCUUCCGGCACCCGUCGGUGCAGCCCGGCCCGGCCCGAGCCUGACCGCCCGACGCAGGUGAUCAAGGUUGUGCCUCAUAAUGCAAGAUCAGCAACUGAAUCUGCUGCUAGAAUUUUUCAAUCGAUACAAGAAGAAAGAAAACAGUAUGAUUUUGUGUAAGCCUUUUUGUUUUUGAUUCCAAAGCCCUUAAAGAAAAUAAUUGCUCAAUUCACAUUGUUCUGUUUUGCAACUUUUUGUAGAUAUCAGUUAUUCAGUGAUGUAUUUUCAGCAAUUACUACA